UGGCAGCAGAGACGCUGUCCUUGGUUCUUCGUAGAAUCUUCAUUCCUGCGGAUCGGUCGACGCUCAUCGGAUCGUACUAAAAUAUUGUAAUUUUCACGCUUAUCGAAUUUCUCGAACGUACGACGUCAUGCUGAAGCCCUUGCUGCUUCUGUGCUGGACUGCGAUAUUCGUGUCAGCUGGCGACCAGAAGAUUAAUGGUACCAGUGACACAAGUGUUCCUACUAGCUUGUCCCCAGAGAGGCUAAUCACACGUCCUCAGUCAUUAGAUAAAGAUGUGCCAAUCAUUUCAAACAGCGAACAUGUGCCAUCCAUUCAAGAUGAACAUCUCACAAAUCCUCCAAAAUUAUCUGAGUUGAAUGCAGACUUAAAAUCAAAGGCAUCUGAUUUGGAUAAAAAAUCAUAUGAUUCUACCUCAGAACCUAGCGUAGUAACACAGGCCCCAAUUACAAAGCCAACUACAAAACUAAUUACUACUACAACACCACUGAAUACUACUACAUCGACUACAACCUCUACUACAAUCAUUCCUCCUAGCACCACAUCAGUGCCAACAACACCGGUUCCUCCGCCAAGUACUAAAAAAUGGAUAGUUGAAGAAAACAACAUAAUGUGCAUUAUUGUCCAGAUGGCUGCACAAUUUAGCUUUAAUUAUACUGUCAAUAAUAAGACAAUCCACAAGACGAUGGACAUACCCAGCAGCGGCAACGGCACUGUAUCGGGCAUAUGUGGUAAAACUGAGCAGAAUCUUACAGUGUCGUGGAAUGCGCAGAAAGAUAAUUUCACGCUGCAUUUUAUGAAAAAUGAUACGACUAAACGUUACUCUCUUCAUCAUUUUGAGAUCUCUCUCGCUCCGGAAGAAAUCCCAGCUGAUAAAUGGAAUAAGACCAUGGCACUAAUACACAUGACACCGCAAUAUGAGAUCGGAUUGAGCAAUUCUUAUAGAUGUUUCAAGGAGCAAAAGUUGAACUUGUACAUAGAGGACGAAUGUGUGGGUUAUCUGACUGUAUCUAAUUUGCAGCUGCAAGCCUUCAGGGGCGAUAACAGUACUAGUUUUGGCUUAGCCAAGGACUGUGCAUUUGACACACCUGACAUCGUUCCCAUAACAGUAGGUUGUGCACUGGCGGGUUUGGUAGUAAUUGUACUGAUCGCGUACCUCGUCGGUCGUAGACGAAGCCAGGCCCGUGGUUAUCUUAGCAUGUAAGCUAAACGAAAGUGCGCGCGACAAGGUUUUCUUCUUUCUUUAUUCUUUUUUUAUCGUUAAACUCAUUUUUAUGCAAUUUUCCAUUAACGGGAUUGAAUUGUCUUCUUAAGAGUUUAUGUAGUUGUACUUUGUGUUCUAUAGCCAUGAGGGCUGUGACACGUUACAAAAAUAUAUAUUAUAUAUAUAUAGACAUAUAUAUAAUAUAGUUCGUACAUUUAUAAAGUUAUCGCGAUUGCGCGCGGCAACAUUAGGAAAGAAAAAAGAAAAUUAUUAAUACGUAUAUCGCGAAGUCGAUACAGGGUGAUAAUUCCGAAGUAACGUGCUCCAUUUUAGGAAGGCGAUUUACUUUCUCUCUCUAAUAAUAAACCUCAAUUCUAGUUAAGUUGUAGAGGAUCUGUGUUAUGUCUGCGCUGCUGCUCGAUUAUGAUCGACAGCGAAGAUUAUCUGAUUUUUCGAUAUAUAUAUUUGACAAAACGAAGACAAGGAAUAUUCGUUUUGAUCGAUACGCGCGUAGUAUAAAUAAAAAAAAUUAAAAAAUUUAAUGCCUUAGGCAUUUGCUGAAUUCGCAGCUUCUUGUAACAGGUACGGUGAUUCAUAGCGUUCCCCCCCUCCGUUUUUUGUUUUUUAUUUUUCUUUAUUCUUUUUAAGAAGAAGGGAACAAUCGUUUCUCAGCUGUAAUCAGUGCGAUGCGAUAUGCGUAUCGCUAUUUACAUUAUACGCCGAUGUGUGUUUCCUUUAAUUACUUUCAUAGUCGAGUCCUUAUUCUUUUUUUAUUUUUAUUUUACUAAAAGUACCGUGAAGUAAUAGCAGUCGUUUAUAGCCCUAAGUGUGCGUGCGUGCAUGCGUGCGUGCGUGCGUGCGUACGUCAGAAAUAGUAUGAAGGAGCACGAGCUUCAUCCGUUAAAUUUAAACUUGCGCUUCGCUCAACUCGAGCAAGCAUACCGAAUUAGAGAUUACAAACGAUACGAUUCACUAAGUAUAAUAUCGUUAGUUGACGUCAAAUGUAGUGAAUGGUAGCUUAUAACUCCCGCAUAUAAUAAUAGUCAAUAUAUAAAUUUCAACAAGAGCCUGUCCCCAUAAUAGUAUAUGAAUAUUCCCUGUCUAACAGGAAAUGAUUAAAAAGAAAAGAUAGUGAAAGUGCUAUUGCUUACACACACAUCACACACACAUACACAUACGUAUAUAUAAAAGCACUCGUUUUUUUAACAUGUAUGAAAUACCAUUAAUUUCGUGGUUUAUGCUGCUGCUGUUGCUUUACCCGAUCACUUUUCUUUCCCGACACUUUUAUGAGAUUGCGAGAGGAUAAAGACGAUCUGGCGAUCUUGUAUAAAAUGUAAACAAACGGGACUUCUCUGAGUCUAAGAAAUUCCGCGUUGUGCACCGUGCUGCUUCAUAAGUGAAUUAUAUCAGUGACAAGACUGAAAGAAGAGUAAUGGUUGAGAAAGGGCAAAAAGUAAAGUGAAACGGAGUAAAACAAAUCAAUAAUUAAACAAAGUGCUGUACAUAAGACAUAAAGUAGUACUACUUUUUGAUUAAGAGCACGUAUUGCGGCUGGGCGAAAAAUCUGUAUUAUGAAUAAUAAAGCGGCGUAUUUCAAAGAUA